AUGAAGACCUUCAAAUGCAUUGUCCUCACACACCUCAAGGCCAUCUAUGACCCUCACCUGGAUCCCAUGCAGUUCACCUACAGAGCCAACAGUUUGGACAUGUGUGAUGAGCAAUACUUUGCUCCAAAGCAUCCUCUCUUGCUUUUUCACAACACGUGUGACGUGAAAGUCUCUCCCACGGUGAUGGAAAAUCCUCCACCACCUGAGGUCCUGAAUUGCAAUGGGACUGGGCGUCUGACCAAUCAGCUAAAAUAUCUGAAGGAUGUGGUCAUCACAGCUAUGUGGAAGCACAAGUUUUCAUGGCCAUUUCAUGCUCCUGUUGAUGCAGUGGCACUGCAUCUGCCAGAUUAUUAUAGAAUAAUAAAAAAUCCCAUGGACCUAGGCACAAUCAAGAAUCGGCUUCACAACAGUUAUUACUCACAGGCAGCUGAAUGUAUUCAAGAUGUCAACACGAUGUUCACCAACUGUUAUUUCUACAAUAAGCCUGGAAAUGACAUUACUUUCAUGGCAAAAACUCUGGAAAAGCUGUUUUUGCAGAAAAUUUCCCAAAUGCCUAAACCAGAGUGUGAAUUGACAGCGAUCACUAAACCAUGUAAAAGGAAAAAGAUCAAUACAGGUAUACUUCUCCAGCAGACAGUCGUCCCACCUGUUUUGUCUGAUUCCAUACCACUCUCUGCUCAUAUUGACAAAACUAUUAAAAAGGGUUUCAUGAGAAGUACACACCCAACAACCACAAAGGAGUUACAUGUUUCUAACCAGCUCAGAUACUGCAGUGAUAUCCUGAAUGAGAUGUUCUCAAAGAGGCACUAUCCAUAUGCAUGGGUGUUUUAUACCCCUGUUGAUGCUGAUGCUUUGGGCUUGUAUGACUACCAUGACAUUAUCAAGGAGCCCAUGGACCUCAGCACUAUCAAGAAAAAAAUGGAUCAGCAGAGGUAUGCAGAUGCAGAAGCUUUUGCUGCAGAUGUCAGACUGAUGUUCUCCAAUUGUUAUAAAUACAAUCCACUGACACAUGAAGUUGUCUCUAUGGCAAGAAAACUUCAGGAGGUUUUUGAGACCAAAUAUCUGAAGAUUUCACAAAAUGUAGAGAUACCUGAUGAGCGAGCUGCUAAAUGGGAAAGGCAUGGAGUGGAUAGUCCCUCCACUUCUUCAGAUUCCACAACGGUCAGCUCUUCGGGGUCAGAAAGUUCUCCAGAACGUAAGCCUGAGCAGCUGUCCAUUUUACAGGAUCAGUUGAAAGCAGUUAACGCUCAGAUGAACAGACUUGCCAGAGAGCCCACAAAUAAACCAAAGAGGAAAGAAUCUACCACUGGAAAAAUGUCACCAGGAUUUAUUUCUAUGCAGCUGUGUGUUUUACAGGAGCAGUUGAAAGUGAUAAAUGCUCAGGUGAAAGAGCUGACCAAAGAACCCAGAGUGAAAUCCAAGAAGGACAGAUCAACAAAGGGUGAACGAUUGAAAAAGGAUGAUGCUGGGCAACAGUACAAAUCUUCCAAGUGCAAGUCUAAUACACAGACAUCAGCUAACAGGAAGGAGGACUCCUCGAAGCGUGACAGACCCAAUACUGGAGGAAUAAUCUUCAAACAUGAGAAAGAGGCUCCACUGACCUACCAGGAGGUGGCACAAUUGGCAUUUGACAUGAAGAAGCUUCCUUCUGACAAAAAGUAUAAGUUUAUGCGCAUCCUUCACUCCAGAGAGUCACAUUUGCCAUUCAACCCAAAUUUGCAGAAGACAGACGUGGAUUUGCAUUCUCUCAGGCCUUCCACAUUAAGAGCACUCCAAAGGUUUACAACACGUGUGAAGAGAUCAAGUAAAAACGCUGACAGUAAAUACAUUUCCACCUUAGUCAUUUCUGCAGAGGAAACGAUUAAGCCCACAGAUGGAAUGCAGCUCGAGCAGUUAAAGUCUGCUGAGAGAUGUGGCGCAUUUAAUAUAAAGAAGAAACCAAGUAUGACAAAGUUAGGAGUUAAACUUGUGCCAUUGCAAGACCUCAGCUGCCGAACAAAAGUCACAGACUCCAGCUUGAGCUACAACAGUAGUGACACUGAAUCAGGUGAAAUGACCACUUGA